AUUUAUUCCAGUUUCUUUUACUCACAGCCGAGAUUAAUUAAAGUUGAAGGACGCACAAACAGAAGAAACGAUAAGCAUUUUCCAUGAGUACCUUCGGCAGCCCGGGCUCGGGCCCAUAUGCUGGAAAGCCUAUCCCGCCUCAACGCGGUAGCUUCCCAUUAGAUCAUGAUGGCGAAUGCAAGGACGUCAUGACCAAGUAUCUCUCGUGUAUCAAAAAGGUCAAGGGCGUCAAUGACAACGAGUGCCGCAAUAUCGCCAAAACAUAUCUAGCCUGUCGUAUGGACCGGAAUCUUAUGGCGAGGGACGACUUCAAGAAUCUAGGAUUUGCCUCGGAUACAGAUACGCCCUCGAGUUCAGAAGCACAGAAACGGUAGCACGUACGUACGGCAAUAGCGCGUAAUUAAAGCUUGCUCAUCAGGGAACUAUGAGGAUAUUGUCGUCUAAGGCUCUUGAUUUAACUUCCGUUCUGACCGGAGUCCCUUACACUUCCCAACGGCGGGUUCUCUUAGGG